CGAUAGAAUAGCAGUUAACUUGUCCCCAACUUUUAACCCCGGUACCAGGAGACACGCCACCGGGAGAAAAAUACGUUAAACUGGAGGUCCAGACGCCUCCGUGUGACAAGAUAAGCCUUCAAGAUGGCACUACUUUUCAUAACAUAUCGGGCGUUUUUUCACCAGGAAAAGUUGCUGUCAGGAGCUCGCGCUGCUAACGGUCAAGCCUUUAGCCGCUUCACGUCACAUUUCGUCUCCAAACGUGUCACGUGUGUCACUGACAUUUCGGCCGAAUUUUAAGAUAAGGUCUAAAAUAUCGGAUACUGUUUUCAGUCGUGUUUUAAGGGCAAUGAGUCCAUAACUGUGAGCAAAAUGACAUAAACAUUGUGGAAUAGUGGAGCGGAAGUCGGCAUGACAUGUCUUUCCGCUAACGGCUAACCUAGCUAGUCACUGGAGGAGUAGCGCGCGAGCUUCUUCAUCGGCGUGAUGACGCUUGAACAGCGCGUGCAUGCGGGUUAAAAAAACCCGACAGGAAUGGUCGACUAAUGUAGUUAAAGUGUAACUGUUAGCUCGGCUCCACGCUGUCGGAACAAGGACCGCUCUGUGACAGUGUUGACGUGUGUCCUCGUGCGUGAGUGACUGGCCACUUAAUGGGACCAGUGCGGCAACACCUACAAGCAUGGCGUCGGGAGGGAUGUCACCACCGCCACCCCCCAAACACACCAACAGGUUGGCCCAGGAGCGGUCGCCCUACCUGCUGCAACACGCGCACAACCCCGUCGACUGGUAUCCAUGGGGACAGGACGCUUUUGACAAAGCGAAGAAUGAAGACAAGCCAAUAUUUUUAUCAGCUGCGCUCGUCUGUUUGCUGUGACUCUCUCCGGCCGUUAGUGGGCUACUCCACGUGCCAUUGGUGCCACGUCAUGGAGAGGGAGUCUUUCGAAGACGAGGACAUCGGGAAGAUCCUCAGCGACAACUUUGUCUGCAUCAAAGUCGACCGAGAGGAGAGGCCCGACGUGGAUAAGGUCUACAUGACCUUUGUGCAGGCGACGAGCGGCAGUGGAGGUUGGCCCAUGAGCGUGUGGCUGACCCCGGACCUCCGGCCUUUCAUUGGAGGAACCUAUUUCCCACCCACGGACCACGCGAGAAGACCCGGGCUCAAAACGGUUCUUAACCGGAUUAUUGAACAGUGGCAGAACAACCGCCCGGCUUUGGAGUCGAGUGGAGAGAAGAUCCUCGAAGCCCUGAAGAAAGGCACGGCCGUCGCCGCCAACCCGGGAGAGGGUCCACCGCCGGCACCGGCCGUCGCCAGCCGCUGCUUCCAGCAGCUGGCGCACUCCUACGAGGAAGAGUACGGCGGCUUCCGGGACGCUCCCAAGUUCCCCACCCCAGUGAAUCUGAUGUUCCUCAUGUCCUACUGGUCUGUGAAUCGCUCCACCUCCGAAGGGGUCGAGGCUCUGCAGAUGGCUUUGCACACACUCCGCAUGAUGGCGCUGGGCGGCAUCCACGACCACGUGGCUCAGGGUUUUCACCGCUACUCUACAGAUUCCUCGUGGCACGUUCCCCACUUUGAGAAGAUGUUGUACGACCAGGCACAGCUGGCUGUGGCCUACAUAACUGCCUCCCAGGUAUCGGGCGAGCAGCUGUUUGCAGAUGUGGCUAAGGACAUCCUGCUCUACGUCUCCAGAGACCUGAGUGACAAGUCUGGAGGCUUCUACAGUGCGGAGGAUGCCGACUCUGUCCCGGCGUCGGGGGGGCCGGAGAAGCGCGAGGGGGCUUUCUGCGUCUGGACCGCCUCGGAAGUUCGUGAGCAUUUGCCGGAUGCGGUCGAGGGCGCCGCCCGAGCCGCCACGCGGGCCGCCACGCGGGCCGACGUCUUCAUGCACCACUACGGGGUCAAGGAGCAAGGCAACGUUGCUCUGGAGCAGGACCCCCACGGGGAGCUGCAGGGCCAGAAUGUGCUGAUCGUGCGCUAUUCAGUGGAGUUAACGGCUGCUCGCUUUGGCAUCAGCGUGGAGAGAGCCGCAGAGCUCCUGGCCUCGGCCAGGACCGACAUGGCAAAAGUGAGGCGGAGCCGGCCACGCCCACAUCUGGACACCAAGAUGUUGGCCUCCUGGAGCGGUCUCAUGCUGUCGGCCUACGCCCGUGUCGGGGCCGUGCUGGGCGACCAGGCCCUGCUGCAGAGGGCGGUGCAGGCGGGCAACUUCCUCCAGGAGCACCUGUGGGACGCCGAGCGGCAGACCAUGCUCAGGUCCUGUUACCGUGGCGACGAGAUGGAGGUGCAACAGAUAUCGACGCCCAUCUCCGGCUUCCUGGACGACUACGCCUUCGUCAUCUGCGGCGUGCUGGACCUGUACGAGGCCACGCUGCGGCCGCAGUGGCUGCAGUGGGCCGAGGAGCUGCAGCGGCGGCAGGACGCGCUUUUCUGGGACGAGCAGGGCGGCGGCUACUUCUGCAGCGACCCCGGGGACAGCGCGGUGCUGCUGCGCCUCAAGGAGGAUCAGGACGGAGCCGAGCCCAGCGCUAACUCGGUGUCGGCGUCCAACCUCCUGCGUCUGUCCCACUACUGCGGCAGGGGGGCGUGGCUCCAGAGGGCGCGACAGCUGCUGGCGGCGUUUUCCGACCGGCUGACCAAGGUGCCCAUAGCGCUGCCGGAAAUGGUCCAGGCCCUCAUGAGCGAGCACCGCACGCUCCAACAGAUCGUGAUCUGUGGCCAGAGGGAUGCCCCGGACACCGCCGGUCUCCUAGCAGCAGUCAACUCCCUCUUUCUACCACAUAAGGUUUUGAUGCACAUCGACGCCGAUGCCGACGGAUUCCUGCGCCGCCGGCUGCCCGCCCUCUCCACCAUGACCCAGCGAGGGGGCGUGGCCACGGCCUACGUCUGCCGGGACUCCGCCUGCUCGCUCCCCGUCACCGACCCCCAGGAGCUAUGCCGGCUGCUGCUGGACGGUGCUGCCGCGGAGACACGGGCGGAUUGACCACGAGCAGAAGUGCAGACGGCACUACCCCCCCCCCCCCCCCCCAUCUGCAGCGGGACACACGCUCUAUGUACUUUGGUAGAAUCGAAUACAGUCCCGUGAGGUGAGUGGGGGGCUUCCCUCAGUGUAUCCUAGUACGUCGAGUGUGGCUUCCUAGAGACGGUUGAUCAGCGUGUUGACAUGCAGGAAUCUAAACGGCCUCGUGGAGACACGCGUGCAGCAGCGGCGGCAGAAUCUCCUCCGAAUAUGUAAUGCUUUGUCCAGAAUGUCCACCGGCUCCACCGCGAAGUGAAACUACAGACCCGUAACAGACGCACCGGCGUCCCCUCCUGACCCCGCGGGCACAUGGAUCUGAUGGUGGGAAUCUGUGUGUGUGGGAAAAAGAAGACGCUUGGUUUGUAUCCUCGUGCAUCACGGUCAAAGAUUCCCUCUGAAGUUACGUGUCACGGUGACCCCCCCCCCCCCGUCGAGGCUUCCUUUCCUCCGCUGCAGAGACUUUACGUCUCGUGGCUUUUCAUCUUGAGGUUUUAGUGCACCGCGCGGCAUGAACACACACAACCCUAAAUAAUAAAUACUUUUCCCGUCUCCCCUUU